GAGCCUGUGCAAGAGAUUGACCUUCAUCGACUGCACAUAGAAUCCAGAAUCACUGAUCGUUAUGCACAAACCAAUUUAGUUGGGGAAUUAAUCAACAGAGGUGAAGCGCAUCAGGACAUCCCAUUCACAUUCCUCAUUCCACCAGGUGCAUUCAUCUCAGACUUUAAAGUUGAAAUAGAUGGACGUACUUAUACAGGGAAAGUGGGUGAUAUCCGCGAUUCUGAGUGGCAGCAAAUAUUCCCUUCAAACGGCCAACAGAUUGCACUGGUAACAAAAAGGGAUCCAACCAAAGAUACAUUCACUAUGCGAGUUGCGGAUGUUGCUCCACAAUCUUCAGUCAACUUUGACCUGACCUAUGAUGAGCUUCUAGAGAGACGAAGUGGAGUCUUUGAACACCGAGUUAAUCUCUGGCCUGGACAGGUGGUUGACGACCUACAGGUUGAUAUGUACAUAACUGAACCCCAGGGUUUAGGUGAUGUGGCUCUCAGGUAUUACCCACGUACAUCGGACGGUACACAGCGAGACUUCCAGGUGAGACGUUCAAGUGAUUAUAGGGCGCAUAUGCGCUAUGCACCAUCAGCAAAUGAGCAGCUAGCCUAUACAUCCGAUGGUUUGGCUGGUGAUAUGGUUCUAACCUAUGACGUCAGGCAUUCUGCCGAUGGUAGCUACACGGAGGUGGAUGAUGAGCAUUUUGUGCACUUCUUUUCACCGAGUAACUUGGAGCAUGCCAAUAAACAGGUUGUAUUUGUCAUUGACAUCAGUAGCUCCAUGGCCGGAACUAAACUACGUCAAGUUAAAGAAGCUCUUAAGAUUAUUCUUGAUGAUCUGGGACCCAACGAUCGAUUUAAUAUCCUGGUAUUCUCAGACGAUGUUCAAUACUGGAGACGCAAUGCACUGGUCACGGCUUCAAGAAGGAACAUCGAAGCUGCCAAAACAUUUGUAGAUGGUCUUAUAGACCAAGGAGAAACUAAUCUGGGUGAUGCCGUGUUACAAGCAGACGCUUUACUGGAUCUUCAAUCGCGGUUUACCAGUGACAACAACCAGAUCUUAUCCAUGAUGUACGUCUUAUCUGAUGGUCAACCAACGAUUGGUAUCACAGACCAUAGAGAACUCAUCCAAGCUAUUACUCAAGCUAUCAAUGGUGAACAUGCACUGUUUGCCCUUGGGUUCGGACGUAAUGUAUCCUUUGAUUUACUUAUACAACUGGCUCUUCAGAACCAAGGCUCUGCGAGAAGGAUCUACGAAACAGCUGAUGCUAGCAAACAGCUACAAAAUGCCUAUUUUGAUGUAUCGCGCCCAGUUAUCUUUGACGUUGACUUUGAGUAUGAGUCGGGGGUCUCUAACCCCGAGGAUCUGACUCGAUGGACAUUCCCAUUCUACUUCGAGGGGUCGGAGGUAUCUGUCGCUGGGAAGGUGGUUGAUCGUCCAACAUCAAAUAUGUUACAAGGCAGCGUGACUGGACAGACAGCAACGGGACAGGCGUAUCAAGGAAACAGUAGGCAAGAUAUCAGAAUUACUCGACCAGAACUGAAUAGUGAUCAUACAGUAACUGAUGUUGUGCAGAGGAUAUGGGCAAUCAAAACUUUCCAAGACUUGAUCAAUCAAUAUGCCAUCACUGAAGAUGCUACAAUACGCCAGACACUAGCUGAUAGAAUUGCUGAACUGGCUAUAAGUUAUAAUUUUGUGACUCCGUUAACUCCAUUGUCUCUGACGAGUCGAGGCCAGUCAAGAAUUGACGUACAGCCACCCUCCAUCAUACAUACAGGAACAACUAUGGAUAUACUACGAGGUCUACUCGAAGAAAUACCAGUGCAACCUCCAGUGGUGGUUCAUGACGAUCCCCUCAAUGUGGCUACGCAGAGUUCGGAUGGCAUUGAAAUAAAGAGUUUAAACAUGGACUCUGACAUUGUGCUGAGAUUUGCUACGACCACCAUCAGUUCUACAUUGGAGAAUACUGGAAGCCAAGCUGGUUGGGCUGUAUUUAGACAGAAGAUUCCACUACCAGCUUACGUCACUAACUUUACUUUGACUGUGGAUGGCAAGACAUACUACGGUGUAGCAGACGAGAAGAGCCAGAAUAUCACAUUACAUCGUGGCAACUUAGAAAUAUCACAGGGUGGUGCCUUCAUUACAGAACUAGACGCAGAGAGCAAAGUGUUUCUAGUGUCGGUCAAGCUUGAGCCUGGUGCUUCGGCUGAUUUUGAGCUAACCUACCAGAUGUUGUUGCCAAGACGUAGAGGCAUGUACUAUCAUCCCAUACCCAUCUUCCCAGGGCAGGUUGUGAACAACCUAGGCGUGGAUGUGAGCAUUAUUGAACCCCAGGGUGUAAAUUGGUGUAAUGCCUACCUAACGGACCGGUCACUCGUAGAUAGCACUGCUCGCCUACCACAGCCAACGACACGCCCUAACCAGCACAUAUGCAAAGUGUCUUACAGACCAAGCAGAAGGCAACAGCAACACCUUAGUACUGAUGGUGUCAUGGGUAACUUCAUUGUGGAAUAUGAUGUCAACCAUGCUAAUGAUGCUGGCGACAUACAGGUGUUAAAUGACUACUUCGUGCAGUUCUUUUCCCCAUCUCAUCUCCCAGUGCUGAGGAAACAUGUUGUGUUUGUGAUUGACAUAAGCAGCUCAAUGGAAGGUACUAAACUAUCUCAGGUUAAAGCAGCACUCCAUACGAUCCUUGAUGAUAUCGCUCCGGGAGAUAAGUUCAACAUUCUACCCUUCUCAAAUCAAGUACUGUUCCUGGACCGCUAUAAGAUGGUGGAAGCUACGCCGCCAAAUAUCCAGUAUACCAAAGAAUAUGUGGAUAAACUGCAAGUAUCAGACGCUACCAAUUUGAACGAUGCAAUUCUUGAGGGCGUCAAAAUGCUCAGACGAGAAAGUGAGAAAGUCCGCGGUGAAAAGGUGAUAUCUAUGCUGGUGGUUCUGACUGACGGUGAACCAACAUAUGGAGAAAUAGAUAAACGAGAAAUACAACGCAAUGUUCAAGAUGCAAUCAAAGGGGACUACUCACUCUUCUGUCUUGCGUUUGGUGAAGAUGCUGAUUUUGAGUUCUUGAACCGUCUGGCUCUUAACAAUCACGGUGUAGCUAGACGGAUACCUGAGAGAGCUGAUGCUAGUAUGCUUCUUGAAGGCUUCUAUGAAGAGGUUGCCACACCCUUAUUAUAUGAUGUGCAGUUCUAUUACUCUAACGGUGUAGUACCUAACACACUCAGCGAGCGAUUCUUUCCUAACUACUUCAAUGGAUCAGAGAUUGUAGUGGUUGGUAAAUUAGAUGAGAACCGACUAUCGAAUCAUGUAUUGAGAUCGAUUAUUUAUGGCAAGACAUCAAACAGCAGUGAAGUAUCGCUAGCACUAGACACCAGUACAGCUGUUCCGUCUCGCAUUCUCCUGGACCCAUCAAUCCCUGAUGACAUUGUUGAACGUAUCUGGGCAUACCUCAUGAUUCAGUCCAUGGAACGUGAAAGGGAUGCAUCUGAGAAUCCCAACCCAGUCAUCCAGCGAGAAAUCACUGAUACCUCACUGCAUUACUCCUAUCUGAAUCCCUACACACGUAUGACGGUCAGUGAACAACACAUAGGCUCGUCUCAAGGCUCAUCUCAUGUCACCCAUCAGGGGGAUGUUGGUUUGAAUGUAUGGGAGCAGGAGUUACCGACUGAUGUACGUGAUGGAAUAGCUCAAGCACUCAGUGUUAUCUCAUACGAAUCAACUUCUACUGGUGGCGAUGGCGGUGGUGGUGGUUCACCCAACACAGGUUCAGGAGGUGGUGGAAAUAGCGAGUUGAAGGUCCAACUAUCACUAUGCUUUGACAUCGGUGGAGAUUCUGGUGACGUCAUUAGCUUAGUGAAGGACAGGUCCAAAGGAAUGUAUGUCAACGCCAAAAUUAUUGCAGAACCCUCUCAACAAAAUGGAGUUCAGGGGCAAAAAACGUACAUUGAUGAAAUAGGCGCAGUGUUUAGCACCAGACAACGUGGCAACACUAUGAGAAUACGGUUCACGCCCUCAACGAUCACUAUUAACACAGACUACCGUCUUCAAUGGGACGUCAAUACCAGGCUGCAAGUUGGAAAUGUUGGAGUCAAUGUUGAUGGUCACAUGGCAACUAUAACAUUGCAAAAGGGUAUUGAGUUUACAGUGAGUCGAUAUCAAGCAUCUCAGAACCAAGCAAGGUCUUUAGGAUUUCACUUGAACAAAGGGAGUGGACUCUCACAGGAUGUACAGGGCAUUGUUGGUCAAUUCCAAAGAGGCGAAACACGCUUUUCCAUGAAUAAUAACCGACCAGGCAGAGGUGGAUCACAGACUUGCGGGAUACAAAUUGACACGAGGGGGCGCCCUCUGUCGGAUGAUGUAGGUCAUGGUAAUUGCUGGGUGUCUGCCAACGUUGAUGUCGAUGAAGGAUUUGUAGAGGGAAGCUAUGCUGACUAUCUGAUGUCUGACGUCUUUGCAGUUUUGUAAAAUGAUGUUGGUUUUAGACAAAUUAAUUAUAAUACAUAGUGAUAAUGGUGUGUUAAAGGCACUGCACACCUUUGGUGAUUGUCACUUGCAUAA